UUCUUCCACUUCUAUUCUAUUGUCUUCUCUUCCUUCUUCUCACUCUCCACCAAAUCACAAAAAAAAACUUCCCUUUCAUAAUAAAGAAAUACUAAAUGAUUUAAUCUUAAAGAAGAUAUGUCCAACAAAGGAAAAGACAUAGUAGAAGGAUCAUCAAGAUCUUCUACUACUUCAAUUUCAACCGGUGGUGGCGAUCAUAAGCAUCAUCAGCAACAGGUUCCACUCAGUCGAUACGAGUCACAAAAGAGAAGAGACUGGAACACUUUCGGACAAUAUUUAAGGAAUCAAAGGCCGCCGGUAGCACUUUCUCAAUGUAAUUCAAACCAUGUUCUUGAAUUCCUAAGAUACUUAGAUCAAUUUGGCAAGACAAAAGUGCACUUACAAGGUUGUUUGUUUUUCGGACAAACCGAACCGCCCGGUCCAUGUACUUGUCCUCUAAAACAAGCUUGGGGAAGUCUUGAUGCACUUAUUGGAAGAUUAAGAGCUGCUUAUGAAGAAAAUGGUGGAUUACCUGAGACUAAUCCUUUUGCUAGUGGUUCCAUAAGAAUUUAUCUUCGUGAGGUGAGAGAUUCUCAAUCUAAGGCAAGAGGAAUUCCUUACAAGAAGAAAAAGAAGAAAAGGAUUGCAAUUAAACAUAACGGGGAUACCUCAACUUUGCCUAUGCAGUGAAGUUCAUCAUUUUCCCCUUCUUAUUGCUUCUUCAUUAGCAUAUAUGGUUCCUAAAUUGGUAAUUUCAAAGUUCUGAAUCUAUUGCUAGGCUUUGGGAUAACUACUUCAGCAAAUAUAUAUUAUUGGGUAAAGUUUCACCCUUUCCAUUUAUGAGUCAAUGGGUGUAUUUUGUUAAUUCGAAUGAGAAUUUAAGAAUGAAGUUGAUGAAGAAUUGAGUUUACAAUAUUGGGGAAGUUAAUGUACUGUAUUAAUUCACCCUUAUUAUGAAUUAAUGGUUUAUAAUUUGAUGCA